AUCGCUGUCAUAGAUCAUGGAGAGUUGGUUUAUCAAGCCAUGGCUGGUCAUGGUGGAUACGUUUUAUAUUUCUACUCGUGUGUGCACGCGUGCGCCUUUGUUGCGCAUAGCCAUGCCAGUCAUCACAGCCUAAAUCAGUUCAGAUUAAGAUGCCUGAUUAACCCAAUUUACAUCCUUCUUCAGCUGCUGCAUAGACAAAAUUAGGUGCCACAUGCCAUACUAUUUAUAGUAAAGCUUUCUCUAUUUUUCAGCUGCAGGGGAUGCAGUAGCCUAACAGCAUGUUUAGGUCUACAGUGAAAAGAAAUUUGGAAAUUGGAAUCAUUUAUCUGUAAAUUUGAAUCUACUUAUAUUAGCUUGCUAUUUAUAGCUGUAUAUAAAUUUAAAUCCUUAAUAUGGUGUGAAAAUAGUGCACUUGGGUACAUUCAUUUUUUGCUUUCUCUUUCACACUGUGCAUUGGUCAGCUGAAAAGAGACCUACAGACCUCAGCAACAAAUGCCAGCGUUACAAUCCACAGUUGCUCCAGUGGAGGGGAGGUUACGAUGCAGUGUGCCUAGCCUACCAGUGAUCAAGCCAGACAGGCUGAAAACUGCUAAAGCGGUGGUGGAGAAAGCUGUGAAGUUAAGGAAAGUGUUUUCAGUGCAGGGACCCUAUCCCGUGAUCCGCGCUGCAUUACGGGUCAGAGGGUGGGUUGAACGUCGUUUGCCACAUCCAGUCCAAAGAGCACCUCCUUGCCCCUGUGAUGAUGAGGAGGAUGGUAAUGAUGGGCUGGUCAGCAUUUAUGUUACUGAGAAAACAGAUGAAGGCGAGAAAGCGGAGAACCUUGAUGACAUGCAUGACCUCAUGUCUCGCCUAGUUCGAAAUGAAACGACAUAUUUGUAUUGGACGACACGACGAGAUCAUGUAGAAUGUCGCUCCCUACGGCAUGACCAAAUGACCAAUCACUAUGCAAAUGCCGGAACAUUUACCACCAAGGUGGGGCUUUGUGUGAAUCUGCGUAACCUUCAGUGGUUUGACACAGAGGAUCCUGACACUUUCUUCCCAAGAUGCUACAGGCUUGGAGCAGAGGAUGAAAAGCAUGCAUUCAUAGAGGAUUUCAGGAGAACAGCAUGUACCAGCCUACUGCAGUAUGUGGUUGAGACAAGUAUUUGGAGAAGAGAUGAAGCAGAGAGUGACAAACAAAAAUCCAAGAACAGUAUCACUGAAGAGUUGGAUGAUGUGGAACAUCGAUCUGUUGGUCCAGAAAUCAUUGACACAGCCUUGCGUGUGUGUCAAGAGUUUCUCAGUGUUCUAAAGCACAGUGACAUUGAUGUAACUACAGAAAUACCGCCCUCUGUGGAGGAACAGCGAUGGGCAGAGUUUCUUCAACACUACUAUACAGUUGUGCAAAAAGGUGUGUUGAUCAGGGGCAGCAAUACAUUUGUGGAGCGUUGCCAGGAUAUGUUAACCAGACUGCAGGUGGUUUGCCCACAGCUGGACACAGAUGGACUAAACAACAUCUGGAUUAUCAAACCAGGUGCCAAGUCAAGAGGAAGAGGCAUUAUGUGUAUGAAUCGCCUUGAUGAGAUUUUGGCACUUGUGGACACUGACAGAGCCCUGACAAAGGAGAGUAAGUGGGUGGUUCAGAAAUACUUGGAACGCCCCCUACUGGUGCAUGGCACAAAGUUUGACCUCCGUCAGUGGUUCCUUGUAACUGACUGGAACCCUCUGACUGUCUGGUUCUACAAAGAGUGCUACCUGCGGUUUUCCACUCAGCCCUACUCGACAAAAACUCUGGACAGCUCGGUCCACCUGUGCAACAAUUCCAUCCAGAAGCACUUCCAGCCAUCUCGUCAGCGCCAUCCAGGAGUGCCUGAGGAUAAUAUGUGGUCUUGCUCUCAGUUUCGCUCUUUUCUGCAGCGACAGGGCCAUGAGACAGAAUGGGAGACAGUGGUGAUACCAGGCAUGCAGCAAGCAGUGGUCAAUGCUCUACAGACGGCCCAGGACUUGGUGGAACCCCGCAAGGCAAGCUUUGAGCUUUAUGGAGCUGAUUUUAUGUUGGGCAGAGAUCUGAGACCUUGGCUUCUGGAGAUCAAUGCCAGCCCAACCAUGGCCUGUUCCAGCACUGUGACUGCGCGGCUCUGUCCUGCCGUGCAAGUGGACACACUGAGGGUUGUGCUGGAUUGGAGGACUGAUCCCAGUGCUUACACAGGAGGCUUCAAGUUAAUUUACAAACAGGCUGCGGUUGAAGUUCCUCAGUAUUUGGGAGUGAACCUGCUAGUGGAAGGAGCCCCCAUAAAGCGAUCUCAUUAUAGACGAUCUUUUAUUUCUAACUCACCUCUCACUCAUCAGUUCCACCCAGAUCAGUCAUCUCCAGCAGUAGCUGAGGCAAGACAUAAACAGUCCGGCCAGAAGCCACAUGUAGCUGCUGACUUUCACCUUUUGGGCAAGGAGAACCAAGAGAAAAAGCGUCAGCUGACAUCUAUAUAUCCAAAGAGGGAGCAUGAUAUAAAAGCAGAACUUCAGAACACCUGCCAUGUUCGCAGGUCCUGCCGCAAUGUGGCAUAUGAACAGAGCAUGGGUGUACACACUGAACCUCAGAAGAAAGCGUGGCGCUUGGGAUUACGUCGCCGUGUCAGUGCAGCAACAUUGGUGCCAAUGAGUCUGUCCUUAUCCCUAGACCCUCCUUAUAGUACAUCAGAGGGUAAACAGCAGUCCAUUCCUCGACAUGCCUCACACAUGUCCAGAGCCUUCCUUUCCCAACGAAGUUCUGAACCACAACAUAGGAUUUCCUCCCGGGUCUUUCCUUCAUUCCAGGGACCUCUUCCAAGCCUGGAGGCCUUUCGAUUGCAACCAAAUGUUGUGACUGGAACUAAUGUUUGUCAUAAUUCAGCCUUUUUAUCUUAUCCCAGCAUCCACAAGCAUCAGUUAUGUCUCAGCUCUCAAAGGCAAGUCAGAGCCAGACACAAAGGAGAGCUCGUGGGAGAACAUAAAUACUAGAGAUGUUGAUGGAGCGCAACCAGAAACACAGGUUUUGUUGGCAUAAUUUUUUUUUUUUUUUAAUGGGUUGAAGGCAAAUUACUUUCUUAUGUUAACCAGACUAUCAAUUUAGUUGUCUGCCUGUAUGUAUGUAUUGCUGAAUGAUUGUUUGGCCUUUUUUCACCAGCAGGUGGCAUUAAAGGUUCAGUGAUCAAAAAAA